CUGGAUGUUUUAGAGUGCUCACAAUCCCUCCUAUUGUUUGGUCGAACCCUAGAGGCAGAUAAGUGAAAUUGCACCAUGAACGUUACUUAGAAAACACCUGCUGCUAUUGGUUGACUUCAGUCACGUGUUCUUUUCGAAGAUGGCGUCUCCAAAUGGAGCUGAAGAUUUUGAAACCUCUUUGCUCAGUUAUGAGAAGCUGGACAGAGCAUCGCCCGACCUUUGGCCUGAACAGCUGCCCGGAGUUGUUGAAUUUGCUGCGUCUUGUAAAAAUCCCAUCACAAGUUCACCGCCCAAGUGGAUGGCUGAGCUCGAGAUCGAAGACAUUGAGAUGUUAAAAGAGUUGGGUAGUUUGACAACUGCCAAUCUCAUGGAGAAAGUCAAAGGCCUUCAGAACCUCGGUUACCAGCUGGGCUUAGAAGAAUCUAGGGAAAUGACAAGAGGCAAGUUCCUGAACAUCUUGGAGAGGCCGAAGAAAUGACAUCAAAUAUUUUUUAAUAGCUGAAUCCAACUAACUGAUUAACUAUUGCCACAAAAUAUAUUUU